CGGGAGGCUGAGUGAAUGGUUUUAAUCGGUGAUACAGCCUCCCCCGCAGCACUGACGGACGAAAACACAUCCUUCACUGACAGAGCUAAGAAGCUUCGGGAUGCCUUUGGAAUUGGUUCCCUACAGCGCUAGUGUUUAGUUACUGUCUGCUUAUUCCGGUGCAGAAUCCUGGACGUACUUCCAUUUCUCAUAUAGGUUGGUUGACGGCACCAGUGGAGGCGGCACCAUGGUGCAAAAAUAUCAGUCACCCGUGAGGGUCUACAAGCAGCCCUUUGAGCUGGUGAUGGCGGCGUACGAGCGGCGGUUCCCCACCUGUCCCCUCAUCCCCAUGUUUGUGGGCAGUGACGUGCUGGACGAGGACCAGAGUGAAGACGGCUGCAUGCACAACGUGGAGCGCCGCUGCAAGCUGGACGUGGACGCCCCGCGGCUGCUCAAAAGAAUUGCUGGGGUGGACUACGUGUACUUCAACCAGAAGAACUCCCUGAACCGCCAAGAGAGGACCCUGCACAUCGAGUCGCACAAUGAGACCUUCUCCAACAGAGUCAUCAUCCACGAGCUCUGCAUCUACUCCGUGCACCCGGAGAACGAGGACUGGACGUGUUUCGAGCAGACGGCCAGCCUGGACAUCAAGUCCUUCUUCGGCUUCGAGAGCACGGUGGAGAAGAUCGCCAUGAAGCAGUACGCCAGCAGCAUCAAGAAGGGUAAGGAGAUCAUCGAGUACUACCUGAAGCAGCUGGAGGACGAGGGCAUCACUCAGGUGCCCCGCUGGACCCCUGGCCCCGCCUCCCCCGCCAAGCCCCUGGCGCCGCUGGUGCGCCCCACCGAGCUGCCCGUCACGCCCGCCAUCUCCAUCACGGCGCCCUCGGACAGCGCCAGCGCCCCGCCCGACUCCCUCGCCCUCGUCUCCAAGGAGGGCACCAGCCCCCCCAGCAGCCCCAGCGACCCAGUGGCCGGCACGCCAGAUGACAAAUUGGAUGCUGACUACAUCAAGCGUUACCUUGGAGACCUGACGCCCCUGCAGGAGAGCUGCCUGAUCCGGCUGCGUGGCUGGAUCCAGGAGACGCACAAGGGCAAGAUCCCCAAGGACGAGCACAUCCUGCGUUUCCUGCGGGCGCGCGAUUUCAACAUGGAGAAGGCGCGCGAGAUCCUGUGCCAGUCGCUCACCUGGCGCAAGCAGCACCAGGUGGACUACCUGCUGGAGACCUGGAGCUGCCCGCAGGUCCUGCACGACUACUACACGGGCGGCUGGCACCACCACGACAAGGACGGCCGUCCUCUGUACAUCCUGCGCCUGGGCCAGAUGGACACCAAAGGGCUGGUGCGUGCCCUCGGGGAAGAGUCGCUCCUCCGACACGUGCUUUCCAUCAAUGAAGAGGGUUUGAGACGUUGUGAGGAAAACACCAAAGUGUUUGGCAGGCCAAUCAGCUGCUGGACGUGUCUGGUGGAUCUGGAGGGCCUGAACAUGCGUCACCUGUGGAGGCCCGGCGUCAAGGCCCUGCUGAGGAUCAUCGAGGUGGUGGAGGCCAACUACCCCGAGACGCUCGGACGCCUCCUCAUACUCCGAGCGCCCAGAGUCUUCCCUGUGCUCUGGACACUGGUGAGCCCCUUCAUCGAUGAGAACACCAGGAAGAAGUUUCUUAUUUACGCUGGCAACGACUAUCAGGGCCCCGGGGGUCUGGUGGACUACAUCGACAAAGAGAUCAUCCCAGACUUCCUUGGAGGAGAGUGUAUGUGUGAGGUGCCUGAGGGAGGUGUCGUGCCCAAGUCUCUGUACCGCACUCCCGAGGAGCUGGAGAACGACGACAUCCGCCUGUGGACCGAGACCAUCUACCAGAGCGCCAGCGUCUUCAAGGGCGCCCCCCAUGAGGUUGUGGUCGAGAUCAUCGACGCCUCUUCGGUCAUCACCUGGGACUUUGACGUGUGCAAAGGCGACGUGGUGUUCAACAUCUACCACUCCAAGCGGGCGCCCCAGCAACCCCGGAAGGACCCGCUGGCGGGCCACGGCAUCACCUCGCCCGGCGGCAACAACGUGCAGCUCAUCGACAAGUCCUGGAUGCUGGGACAGGACUACAGCAUGGUGGAGUCGCCCCUCACCUGCAAGGAGAACGAGAGCGUCCAGGGCUCGCAUGUGACGCGGUGGCCCGGGUUCUACAUCCUGCAGUGGCGCUUCCACAGCAUGCCGGCGUGCGCCGCCACCAACCUGCCGCGCGUGGACGACGUGCUGGCCACCCUGCAGGUGUCCUCGCACAAGUGCAAGGUCAUGUACUACACCGAGGUGCUGGGCUCCGAGGACUUCAGGGGCUCAAUGACCAGUCUGGAGUCCAGCCACAGCGGCUUCUCCCAGCUCAGCGCCACCACCACCACCUCCAGCCAAUCACAGUCCAGCUCCAUGAUCUCAAGGUAGAGCUGGCCAAUCAGAGAGACGGUAGAGAAAGGGGUGGGAGGGGCAGACCGGAGGACAACACUGGCCCACAAUCCCUUGUGCUCCCCUAUCAACGCCCCACAUUUCGGACCCCUUUCCCCAGUUCUUUACUCCGCCCCACGAUCAUGAUGCUGACUAACCAUCUCCCCUGUGGACCUGAAGCAUGACUGAACUGCCUGCAUCAACAGACACAACGCACAUUGGUCUUGGACGGGGUGGAAAACAAAUCAACAACAAAAACAAAAAACUAACAAACAUACAAAAACAAACAAACAAACAAAACCCCCACUUGCACGCACACCUCUUCCAUGUCUAAAGGGCUUACGACCUGUAUCGCCGUGGCGAUCAGCCGGGGCAGCAGGUCCACACGCAAGCAGGUGUCCCCUCCUUGUGCUUCAGGCUGGAGGGCAGUAAGAGGGUAGUGAAUGGGCCAUAUCUCACUGGACACUCCAGUUGGACUGAGCAAUACACCUCCCACAACCAGAAGGGUUGAGGGGACACUGAACUGGAUCCGCUGUUACUUACACACACACACACACACACUCAUACAAACACACACACACACACACACACACACACACACACACAAACAACACCAAACUCCAGCACAGACACACAGAGAGAUGUUUUACAGUGUGUUGUGCACAUAUGGAUAUCCCAGCACAUACACACACACACACACACACACACUGAUGCAUACAUGUAUAUAUCAUACACACCCUCUCCACACCACCACCGAGUUCCACAGGACAUGCCAAAUCACCAGGGGGAGUGUGAUGCCUCUCUGGUGAGGUUUUUUUUUUUUUUUUGUGUUCAUUAUUAGGUCAAGUGUGAGCUGUGGAGAGACUUGGGCUAGAGGCAAUAAUCCCAGUUGAAUUUCUGCUGUCAAACUUCUAUUUAUCAUGUUGAUCGUGACGUGUGCAAAAGGAGGCAGCUGGUGUAUUCUGGGUGCUACGGAACAUGACCCCCCCCAUGACCCCUCCAGCUCUAGUCAGGACUGAGCCGACCGACGCGACGCCAGCGCUUGACCGCUCGCAAGACAAGUCGAUCUGGCAACAGGCCAGAUUGCGAUGCUCUCCUGUUGGUUAGUAGUUUCCUGUUCAUUUUCUCCAUGUUGUAUCAUAGCGACAUCAUGGAGUCUUCACCAGUGACUCCUCAGACCUGCUACUGAUAGAGUGGCUGAGCAGAACUGUCUGGACAGAACAUGACCGUCGGGGGGUUGGGUCAUUUAAUAACGGUUUCAUAGGUCAAACUUCUUCUUUUUUUUCUUUUUUUUCCCCAUUUGGGACGGUUUUGGGUGUUCAGGCGACCUGGGGUGGGUUUUGUAGUGAUUGAAUUCCAGAGUUGCCAUAUUUGUGAAGUGGUCAUUUCAACCAAGUAGAGGUCAACUUUGAUAUUGUUACAGAGACAACUUCACUGAUGUUAACCUAUUUGGAAGAGGAUGCUUGAAAAUGGAGAGAAGUUACUUUUUGCAAUGUAAUGCUGGUGUUCCGGGGAAUAUUCCCCAAAGUACAAUGUUUUUUGUUUUUUUUUUCCAAGGAGAUGACAUUACUCACAUUACUGUUGUUGCGUUUAAGGGGAUUUCCUUGAACCAUCACCUUUUUCUAGUGUAUAAACCGUUAGAGAGAUUUCCAGGGGCAUACAUUCUUCAGCAUUAUGUGGUUCUGCAUCACAUUCUGUGCAGACUCCACAGGUAUUGGUUAUUGCAAUAAAGUAGUGGAAUGUGUCCCCCAACCAUGUUACAGGCCAGAUGGAACUGGACUUUGAUGUGAUUGCAGAUUAUGACCCCCUGAUGUUGCCAUUUGAAAUGGGCCUGUUGUGCAGGUCAUGCAAAAAAAAGGAUGAAAGAAAGUUCUUUAUGUUGCAUCAUUGCCAUCAUCAUCAUCAUCCUCCUCAUGUCUUGAGCGCAUAUAUCCCACUAACAGCAAGAUGUGCUGAUGAGCACCAUAAUCUCUGAUCCUGAUCUCUUUUCCAAGCUGCCAUUUUACCGUUGGGUUUGAGAUUAGACACUUUCAGUUGGCUUCAGCCUUCCAAACAACCCCGGUAGCGACUAGCUUUCAGAGUCUCUGUCGUGUACACGACAGACGACAGUCUUCAGGUAGGACACCGUGGCCAGAACGAACACCCUGAAUCUUCAGGCAGCGGUCGGGCUAGUUUGACCGGACAACGGAUACCAUGCAGUUACCGAAGCAACUGCGUGGUUGUGAUUUUUUGUGUGUAUAUGUGAGAUGAGGGGUCACAUUUACCACUGGCUCUUGGCUCUAGUUUUUCAGUCCAGGUUGGAUAUCAGCACAAUAAUUCAGACAAAAUGCGUGAUCGCCAUAAACAAUAAAGACACGUCAUUGGUCUUCUGUUACAUUAGUGAAAAUAGUGCGAAUUUGACCCUCAUUCAUGUUCUCUGUUUUUGAAUCACUCAGUCUUUUGUUACAUGUACAUUCAUUUUUCAUUCUGACUGUGUGUGUGUGUGUGUGUGUGUGUGUGUGUGUGUGUGUCAUAUUAGACUUUUGGGUGAGGAAGUGAACAUAGUCUCAAUGUGCUAAUGCUCUAACCAAGAAAUGCUUUACUCAAGAGAAGAAAGAGGGCUGUAGUUGGAUCAGCUGUGAUUGUGCAGUGACAUACUGGAUCCCAAUGCCGACCUGUUUUCCAACUGUAACUUUUGCCUCAUUCUCCCCCAUCCUAAACCUCCCUCACUUUAGCCAUUUCAGAACGUUUUUUUGUUAUUAUUUUUGAGUGAAAAUGGAGUGUGUGUUUAGGGGUAAUGCAAGUUACAGUUUGGGCUUUUAUCCGAGACUGGUGACCCCAUUUAAAACCCAAGGGAAUCUCCCAUCACCAAGUCGGCAGGAUGCCUGUUUGAAAGGUUGCGCUGGAUUUGUUAGGUUUUUUGUGUGACUGACUGCUUCUUACCGCCCUACUGUGUUCUCAGUCAUGCAGCAGGAGCUACAACGCUGUGUGUGUGUGUGUGUGUGUGUGUGUGUGUGUGCCGUAUGAAAGUUCACCUCUUGUUUCUUUAACCUUGACUUCUCACCAGUGUAAAUGUCAUCUGACUAAGAGGGCUAAAAGUGUUGUUGUCUCGUCAUUUCCUGAACUCUAAACCACCUCUCGUUGUCUUUUGUGUGCUUGUUUUACUCCAUGUACUGCAUAUCUUUCAAGAAAUUAUUGUGUAUGUCAAAAAAAUGUUUAAAUUAAUAUACAAAAUAGCGCCUUUACAUUUUGUUUAAAACUAUUAAACUUGAAUUAUGAGAUUAAAA